ACGCCCUCCUGUUUGUUUUCCCCACCCCUUUCAGUUCCUCCUAUAAACUUUGUAGCGUGUCCUCAGAGCCUGUGUGUCGACAUCCAACAUUUUCCUGCUGGUUCACACUUUUCCUUAUAUUUGAAAAGGACGGCUUCUUUCUUUGGCUGCCAUUUAACGGCACCAGAAGAACGCAACAGCGCCACCAUCUCCAUCCGUCCAUUCCUCUUACUGCCACUAGUCUGCAGUCUUUAUUCUCAGCCCUCAGAAGCCAUCAGGAUGGAGAGGGUGCAGCACAUGACGCGGUCAGCGAUUCGGAGGGCGUCCAACAUCGAAGUGAACCCUCAGACCAAGCGCAACCUACAAGAUCUCAUCAUCAACUUCUCCCUCAUCCUCAUCUGCCUGCUGCUCAUCUACAUUAUCGUCUUGCUCAUGUGACACCAAAAGAUGACAACUGGCCAAUCACAAGAUGCGCUUGAUUUAAAAAGAUUCUUUUUUAAUUUACAAGAUCAUGGACGAUUUUAGGGAAUUGAAAAUGUCCUAUUGAUGAUGAUGAUGCAUCGCAUGUCAAUUUCCUCAAACGAUAUGGCUAAGUUUGUUGCAUUCUUCCUUCAACAAUAUGCAAAUAUCUAUUUAUAUCUAUAUAUAUUAGGUAAAUUCAGAUUAAUUUUUUUGAGUGAUGAAUGUAGACCUCCCAUAAGGAAGCAGUCAUCUGAACUGUUCAAAAAGACAAAGAAUUAACAUCAAAAUGGCUGUAAUUACUGGCUAUAAUUGUUCCCAAAGGUGGACUACAAACCAGACACAGAGAACAGCAACUCCUCAGUCAUUUAUGUAAAUAUCCCCACAAAAAACAUUUUCGUAAUUGUUGUGUUGAAAUGCAAAAUUUAUAGGUUAGUCCCAGAAAUCAUAUAUUAUUCACAGAGGAACAGAGCACGUUGGCACUGAAGUAAAUUACGCUAUACGCUUAACAUAUUAAUGUCUCUUUACACUUCCUGUGAACAUGAUCUGAGAGAGAGCUAAAAUAGGAAAUUUAACGAUGUUUUUCAAUGUGAACAACCAAUAAAGAGAAUGUUUGUUUUAAA